AUGUCUGCCGUCUCAUCGUCAGCCAUGAACCCCCAGGGCCAGGGACUACGACAGUCAGCCCGUCAGACACGAACAAACCCGUCUCGAACCUCCAAAACCAUCGGACGAUCCUCUUUCGUGUUCGGCCGAGGCUCAACUGCUGAAAUUCCUUCCACGGCCCCUGUUCCCCACGGCUUCUACCCUGCUCUCACGCAUUUUACAGACGCUAUUACUGCGCUUCCUCGCGAGUUCAGACGUCACAACUCUUUAUUAAAGGAAGUUGACGCGAAGGCAUGGGCUCUCGAGGAAAAUUUGCUCCAGCUUCUCGAGCAUACUUGCGAGUCGCAGCCGGUUGUUCACCCUCCUCAUCCCGCGCCUAUCGUUGGUGGUGUUGUUCGUGAGGAUGUAUUGCCCCAAGAUCUCUCUCAAGCCCCCGAGUCGUCCGAAAGCAAAAGUCGCCGACUUCUGUUUGAUCGCGUACGACAGAGUCUCUCCGAUCUAAUGAUGACUGCCGAUGAAAAGAACCAUGUCAUCUCUAACGCGAACGAAGAAUUGGACCGCCAAGUUGUCCGACUGGAUACCGUAUUCCCAUACAUUGCAGGCGAGAUCAGCGAAGAAGCUCGCUUGGGCAGUCUGACCCACUGGGCCUACUCCAACAAGACCACCGCGAAGGCAGCCACCAAUGAGCGCCCCCGUCGCGAAGCAGUCAACCACAGACAGGAUCUCUCACACGUACUUCACGAAGCUGAAGCCGCUAGCCGCAGUGAGGCUCGGCGUGAAGCUGUAUUGGCGCGGAAGCAACGUCGUGCGCAUGUCGAUGCAGAUUAUGAGGAAACACGGAGCUCCGGUGCUCGCAAGACCAACAAUGGGAGGUCUCGUGGUGGAGAUGCGGCUGAUUCUAGCGCUGCGCCCAAGCGUCGGAAAGUGGAACGCCCAGCACUCCCUGUAGACACGAGUAUUCCAAUGGAACGGUCUGCUAGUGGUGCACAGAGCCAGAGAGCUACAAACAAGGAUCCCGCAGAGAAGAAGCGGUCUCGCGCGCCGAAUCCGACUGCUGCUGCGCGCAAGAAGGCCAAUGCAUCGAAUGCCGGUUCGCCUGUCCUUGGCCCGUCGCCUUUGGUUGGAACUUUUAAUGCCCCGCGGGGUGCAGCCAGCCCAGGUCCCACGUCAAGGCCACAAUCUUCACGGAAUCAGCAAAACGUCGGGUCAACAAGCAAUGCACGACAAAGGCCGUCGUCCUCAGCCUCAAACCGCAUUGGCCAGCCCAACAACAGCAAAACCCUUGAUUCGAAAUCGAUACCCCGCGACGGCACAAUUAAGCACGAACUUGCCACAGACUUCUAUCGCGAGUACGAAGACUCUAGCGCCCGAACAUCAGUACCGACCGGAUCCAAACGCGAAGAACUGGACGGCAAAGACUCUGGCGAAAACGAACCAAGCAAAGGACGCACAUCAAAGACCUCAACACCCGUCCUUGCGACAUAUGAACCAACCCAGCAACGCGCACGACCAACACGGAGCCAAGACCCGGCCUCGACAAAGCGCACACAAAAGAAACCCAUACCACUACCCGUCAUACCCUCUGACGAGGAGUCCCUUCACGAAGGCGACGACGAAGACGAAGAGGGCGAGCCGCGAUACUGUUACUGUAACGAGAUCAGUUUCGGUGAAAUGGUUGCUUGCGACAAUGACGCCUGUCCGCGCGAAUGGUUCCAUCUGUCUUGUGUAGGCCUGACGAAACCGCCUGGAAAGAAUGUCAAAUGGUAUUGCAAUGAGUGUAAGGAGAAUAUGCGACGGAGUCGCAAUGGCCGCUGA